GCGUUUGCUGUGCGGUGUGCCCAUACUGUCUGUGAUGUCCGAAAUUAAGGCUGAAUUGGCGAGAGUUGGGCGACUGAUAUCUCUUUUACUUUCUUUUAGUGGGCUUUGACUUUUAAAAGGGCUGCAUUUUGCCUUAUAUCUUUAGUUAGGCCCAUGGGCCAUUUUUUAUAUUACUUUAUUAGAUUAGGUUUGUUAUUUCCAUAGAUAUAUAUAUAUAUUUGUGAUGAUACACGCUUAGAGAGACAUCACAUAUAGACGCCACCCAUUCUGGAGAGCAGCUGGGACGUGAUUUUGGAGCAAUUUAAUUCAAGUUUUCUUUUCUUCAUCUGUUCUUCGCAAUUUAUUUCUUAAUUUUCUUUAUUUAUUUGUUUAUGCGUUCUAGCUAAUUCGUUUAUUCCAGCAUCGAUUAGGGAAGCACUAGCAAGAUUAUUCUGUGAGAUCUAAUUUGUUCUUAUACUUUAUUUUUAUGCUUGUAUCUGUGAUUCUCUGUGUUUAUCGUUAUUAAUUGUUUUAAUCCAUUAAGUAGUGCGCAAUAUUUAGUGGGUUAGAAUUAAUUAUACAACCAAUUGAACCGGCCAUCCGUAAUUGUGGUUUAGGUUUGAUUAGUGGUAAAUUGACACAUCAGGGUCAAGGGAAAAGCAGUCUUAAUUCAAUAAUCCUGCGUCAGAGUUUAUUGAUUUUGAAUCGGGUUUCUCUAGUAAUUAAUGCUGUCGGCUCAUUAAACCUAUAGAGCGUCUCUUACGGUUGUCAGUCGAUUAGGGUAGUAAUUAGUGAAGCGUCUUCCUGGUUACCAAAUAAUUAAGGAGAAAUAAGAUCACGUCAGAAGCGUCUUCGGUGGUUAUAACUGGUUUGCUUGCAUAAAUUAAAGUUAUAUUUGCAUCAAUGAUCGGAAUAAUUAAGCUAGGGUGGACUUAAUUGAUUGCUGGAAUUCUUUAUUAAUUGUUAGAAUUUUCUAUUUAUUUAUUUAGGAUUAUAACCUUUGCAAUUCUUUUGGGUUUUAUUUAUUUAUUUCUAUUUUAGUAUUUUCUCAAUAUUUUCCCCAUAAAUCUCGUUUUUGGAGUUUCUUUACAGGUUGGAUUUUAGGAGAAUUCUCGCCGAUCCCUUGGGAGACGAUUUUGCUUGCUGCUUCUGCGCAGUGUGGGCAUACCGGCUGACUGCCGGAUAUUUUUGGUGUAAAACGACGCACCAAAUUUUGGCGCCGUUGCCGGGGAUCGGUUUUUAAGUAGUAAUUUUCCUAUUAUUUCGAUUUGUUUUUUUUUUAUUUUUUUUAUUUUUGUUUGAGUUUGAUCUAUAGCUGAAAUUGAGAUGUCUGAAGAUGGGGAUGAUGACCGUGAUGACAUUCUGCCACCACCACCGUUGAUAAGAGAGUUGGGCCGCCACAAGAGAAAUCAUCCGCUAUGCAUUGUGUUGCCCACGAUUAAUCAAAAUGCUGAAAUCAAGCCUGACUUUAUUCAAGUUCUUCCAAAAUUCAGCAACUCGCUUGGAGAGAGUGCACAUAAACAUCUUGCUGAAUUUGAUUUAGUUUGCACUACUUUACGCCCUCAAGGUUUUCCUGAAGAUCAUUUAAAAUUACUAACUUUUCCUCAUACAUUGCAGAGUAGAGCUCGAGAUUGGUUGUUAGAUCUAUCACCUGGCUCAAUCAGAACUUGGAACGAUUUAGAGGAGCAGUUCUUGCGUAAAUUCUUUCCAGAAUCAAAGGCUGCAAAUCUAAGAAUAGCUAUUAGUAGCAUCAAGCAGAGGCAACACGAGUGUUUGUCUGAUUAUUGGGAGAGAUUUCAACAAUUAUGUCAUCGAUGUCCUAACCACGGAUUUUCUGAUUAUCAGUUGCUCAUUAAUUAUUUUUAUCGUGGUAUGUCUUCUUUUGACAGGAGGAUUGUUGAUGCUGCUUGUGGAGGAAGUUUGACCAACAAGACCUUAGAUGAAGCAAAACAAUUGAUUUUUGAUAUGGUCACCAAUGGUCAACAAUAUGAGGAUGAGGAUGAUGAUAGGUACAGGCCGAUCAACAGAGCAGAAGAUGUAUGUGUGAAUGAGAAACUCGAUGCUCUAACUUCCUUAGUUAGAGGCAUGGUUGGAGCUCAAAUUCAGAAGGAUAAUCAUCCAAAUUUCAGCUGGAAUCAUUCGCCUGAAUUUUUCACCAGCGCACAGCCGCAGGCUGGGUGGUAUGCCCAUACCGACCGCCCAGAGCCCAGUAUGAGCGAUAUUCUUCAGAGUCUGGCACAGAGCAGCCAGAUUGUUAACAAUUUGGUGCAAAGUCAGCAAGCUUUCCAGCAAGAGACGCAAGCUGCGUUGGGUAGUAUGGGCACACAGAUCACUCUGCUCACCACUCAAGUGAACAAGUUGCAAGUAAAUCUUGGAAAACUUCCAUCUCAAGAAGAAGUACAUUCCAAGGAGCAUGUUUAUGCUAUGAAUUUAAUGAGUGAGGAAGAUUUCUUUGAUCCAAAGCCCAUGGAAGAUGAAAAGGAGAAGGAAGAGCAAGAAAGUGCUCAGAAUGAUGAAGUUGUCGAAGAGGCACAACAAUAUGAAAAUCUCUCUUCUUCCGAGGUUGGCUCAACAUAAGAAUGGAAAUGAGGAAAAUGAGAUUCUGGAAAUAUUCACGAUGAAUAAAGAACCACCAGAAUAUUAUGAUGAAAUUCAAGGGUGUAAAGUGCAGCUGAACCCCACCAAUGACGUUUUCACUCAGCAUCUGUCAUGCGGUAUGCCCAUACCAACCAGCACUGGACAGAUUGUGCCUUCAAUUGUGAAACUGCCAAAGCGGAAAUUGAAACCACCUGAUGAUUGAUCCAGUUUCAGGGAAGUUUUUGUUAGUUUACUUUCGUUUUUAUUUUAUUUUAUUUUAUUUUUCUUUUUCUUGUCUUUUAUGCUUUCUUUGUUUUGUGUCUUUGUUCUUAGUAUUUCCCCACACAAUGAGGACAUUGUGUUGUUUAAGUGUGGGGGAGUUUUUAUGUCUUUUGUCUUGAGUCUGUGUGCAUGUUUUGUUUUGGUCUUCCUUUUGAGUCUGUCUAUGGCAACUUUUCAUGCGAGCAUUUCGAUUUGUUAGGAUGAGCAUAUUGAUAUGGAUUGUAUGGUUGUUUUCUUGGAUGAUACGAAAAUGUGUUGAAACCCAUAUGUGUUUGAGGAUGACGAAUGUGCAAAUUGAUCAAUUUUGUUGAAAACCACUCAUAUAGUGAGGAUUGAGCCUUUAGAGCAAUAACUUGAAUGCUCCUUGCUUGUUUUCGAUGAGUGUUAUGCAUUCUUGACUUCUUGAUAUUCGGUUUGCCAUGUUGCCAUAAUAAAUUUUUAAACAACCAAUUGGACUCAUUUGUGAAAGCGAUUUAGGCAUUAGGAAUAAACCUCAUUGGCCUUAAAAAUUUCAUACCUUGCAAUAUCCAUUAGUGAGCCAUUUUGAAGCCUUGACCCUUUUUAUUGUUAUAUAUGAUUGAAGCCUCGAAAAUUUUAGCCAUUAGCCUUCUUUUAGCCUUGCUUUGUCCAUUUCCAGCAUGAUGCAAGUGGUUUGUUUUGUGAUAUUACUUUGUUGGAAGAAUAAGGUUGAUUGAAAUUUAGUGCUUGGUUGGAAUGAUUGAGGAUUGAAAUUGACAAAAGAGGUUGUUGGUUGUUUAAAAAUGAGGUGAUCUUAUGAUGUUAAUUCAAAAAAAAAAAAAAAACAAAAAAACAAAAAAACAAAAAAAAAAGAGAAAAAAAAAGAAAAAAAAGAGAAUGCUGGAGUUUGAAUGUCUAUGUAUUGGGAAUAAGGGUUGAUUUGAUUUAGUUUGAUUUUGGGAUUAGAAUGUGGUGAACUACUUGCAUUGUGUUGGUUUUAUUAGCCUUGUUUAUCCACUUUUGUUUAUCCUACCUAUGCACCCUAGCCCCAUUACAACCUUGUGGAAAGACCUAUUGAUUCAUGGAUAAGUUCAGUUUUCGAAUUGAAGAUAUUGACAUAGUGGCAAACUUAUA